AAUGGUUAUGACAAGAAGGAUGAAGAUGGUAACACUGCUUUGCAUAUUGCCACAUCUACUAAUCAGCCAGAGGCCGUUAAACUGUUGGCUAAGAAUGUAAAUGUGAGUGUCAUGAACUCCAAUGGUUUGACAGCUAUGGACAUAUUUCACCUUCAAGGAACAAUGCAGAACUCAGAGAUCGGUAGCAGCCUAGGUAGAGCUAAAGCUAAAAAGGGAUCCGAUCUUACCACGAAUUUGACUAUAGGGGAUUACUUGAGCAGGGAGUUAACUCUAAUCGAUAAACGUGACAAAUAUUUCGGAAACGAUUCUCAAAAUAAAUCUACCGAGAUUCGUACUAUGGUUCUCUUUGUGGCGAUCCUGAUUGCAACAGCCACCUACCAGGCUGGCCUCAACCCUCCAGGUGGGUACUGGCAAGACGACUACAAACCUUCAGCAGCAAACAAUGGUAGCGUUUCCAACCAAAACACCAAUACCAACCUGGGGCAGGAUCAAAGGCCACAUCAUGAAGGACAGAUAAUCAUGAGCCUAACUUAUCUUUUCCAUUUCUUCUCUCUCAACAGUUGUGCCUUUUAUUUGUCUGCAUGGACCAUUCUGGUUGUUAUAAUUGGUAUCCCAUAUUCCACAACCCUUUACAUAUCUACAUUGCUUCUGCUUCUUUCAUAUUACGCUUGGACCGUUGGUACCUUUCCAUCUCAGUCGAACUCCCCGACUUUCAACGCGGCGAAGACUUUAUACGUAGUCUUUAUUUAUGUAUCUGCAGCAACAGCAUAUGGAAUUCCGCUGAUAGCUAUUUUUCAACAUGAAAGGCUUAAAAACCGGGUGGACUCAAUAAGAGGAAACAGGGUAGUCGCCUAA